AUGGAUGAUGAAAUACGAAAAGAACGACAAGCCUUCACUCAUAUCUUUUGGAAAACAUUUCAAGAAAUGGGUGGAAAAUUACCAUUUUGGGAUGAAACAUCAUCCAAGUGCUAUAUUUUUGAAUUGUGUUUACGUAGUGAUAAUGAUCAACAUGAUUCAAGUAGUAGUGGUAGUGGUAGUGGUAGUAGUACUAAUCACAUUUGGACAAGCCCAUCACAACAAGAAUAUACUCAAUCGACAGAGUCCACUCUCGAACAAGACCAAUUAUUUACUUUACACUUUAAUAUUUUAAAACAUCAAGCCAUUACCAAGAACACCAUUAUUGGAAAAUGA